AUGACUCCUUCCUACACAACCACCACUACCAUCACAGCGCCUCUCUCUGGAGUCAUGGAGAAAGGAAGAGAAAAAUUAAAGACGAUGCCUCUCUACCUGGAAGAAGACAUCCGUCCUGAAAUGAAAGAAGAUAUACACGACCCCACCUACCAGGAUGAGGAGGGGCCCCCGCCCAAGCUGGAGUACGUCUGGAGGAAUAUCAUCCUCAUGGCCCUGCUGCACGUGGGAGCCCUGUACGGGAUCACACUGGUUCCCUUCUGCAAGGUCUACACCUUGCUCUGGACAUUCCUUUGCUUCAUGAUCAGUAUUGAGGGCAUUGGAGCCGGGGCUCAUCGCCUGUGGAGCCACAGAACCUACAAGGCACGGCUGCCCCUGAGGGUCUUCCUCAUCAUUGCCAACACCAUGGCGUUCCAGAAUGAUGUGUAUGAAUGGGCCCGAGAUCACCGCGCCCACCACAAGUUCUCAGACACACACGCUGACCCUCACAAUUCCCGCCGGGGCUUUUUCUUCUCUCACGUGGGUUGGCUGCUUGUGCGCAAACAUCCGGCUGUCAAAGAGAAGGGUGGAAAACUAGACAUGUCUGACCUAAAAGCUGAGAAGCUGGUGAUGUUCCAGAGGAGGUACUACAAGCCCGGCCUCCUGCUGAUAUGCUUCAUCCUGCCCACACUGAUGCCCUGGUACUACUGGGGGGAAACGUUCCUACAUAGCUUAUUCGUUAGCACCUUCUUGCGAUACGCUGUGGUGCUCAACGCCACCUGGCUGGUGAACAGCGCCGCCCACCUUUAUGGGUACCGCCCCUACGACAAGAACAUUGAUCCCCGGGAGAAUGCCCUAGUUUCCUUCGGAAGUCUGGGCGAGGGCUUCCACAACUACCACCAUGCCUUCCCCUACGACUACUCUGCCAGUGAGUACCGAUGGCACAUCAACUUCACCACCUUCUUCAUCGACUGCAUGGCUGCCCUCGGCCUGGCUUACGACCGGAAGAAAGUUUCUAAGGCUGCUGUCUUAGCCAGGAUUAAGAGAACUGGAGACGGCAACCACAAGAGCGGCUGA